GUUAUAUGAUAGAUAAUAUGAUAGAUAAUAGAAAACCGCUUAGCGUCGCAGAUGAUUUUUUUUUUUCCAAGUGCUUGUGCCGCCCCCCACGUGUCAUGAAAAAAUGCCCCGUUCGCCCAUGCCUAAAACCGCCACUGCAUGCAUAUACAGUAUAUAUAUUUUGUAUUUUCUGACAGAAAAGCUAAUACAAAGGUCCUCCACUGACAGUUCAAGUUCACUUGUUGUUCUUACAUUCUCUACUUGAUUGCAACUUUGUUUCCAAUGCCGUGUCUACCGUUACAAAAGUUCGCACUGGGCAACUGAUGUGAACAGGGGCACGUUCAGCUCAGCCCAACGUUUUGCUACAGUUUCCGGGUUGAACGGCAACGGGGUUUGAGAUACAUUUUCUCUUGUUUGGUGGGUGUGUCAAACAUGUCAGCACAAUCAGCAGCAAAAUGUAUAUAAACCACGCGGUAUUAAGGGCACAUCAAAGACGGUACAAAAUGAGCUGUUAGACUCCAUGCUAUCAGUGGUAAAGGAUCACAUUCUGGAGGAAGUAACUGCAGCUGAUUUCAUCGCCAUUCAAGCUGACGAGACGACUGACGUUUCCACCCGCUGUCAGCUGGUGCUUGUGCUACAUUUCAAUGGUAACAUCCAAGAGCGCUUUUUUGAGUUCUUUACCAUCCAGAACGCAAACGCCGACUCCAUUGCUACAGCACUUCUGGACAGUCUAAGUACCAUACUACCAAAUGGACAAAAAAACAAAGUAAUUGCCCAAACUUAUGACGGGGCUACUGUGAUGAGAGGAAGCACCGAUGGAGUGCAGCGUAAGAUAAUGGACGUCUGCAAAAAUGCUCACUAUGUUCACUGCUACACGCAGUUGAACCUCAUCAUGCAGCAGGCGACAAAGCACAUCCCCAGAAUCGGCACUUUUUUUCUGACCUUGGUGGAUUUUCUGCCUUCUUCUCCAGGUCACCUAAGCGAAUCGCCGUGCUUGACCAAGUGGUUGCGCACAGACUUCCCAGGACCUCUACAACACACUGGAACUUCCAAAGUCACGCUGUAAACACUGUGUACGAACACCAGGAUGACCUUUUAAAAUGUUUUGUUUUCAGAUCAUCAGAGACUCAGGGAACUUUGAUUCCUCAACUGUCAGAGAGUCAGGGAGGUUUGUGAGGAUGCUUGAAGACGAGGCUUUCUGUUUUUUCCUGGCAUUGUUUCACAAGAUCAUGCCAAAUGUAGACAUGCUAUUCAACCAGCUGCAGAAGAGGAACAUCAACCCUGUCUACAUUAAAGCAGCUGUCCAGGGAUUCACAAACAACAUGCAAGCAAUCAGGGACUCAGUUCCCUUUCUGUGUGGGGACAGUGCAUCAUCUGCCCAGCAGCACCAGCCCAACAAGCGACCGAGGACACUGGGACCAGGAGAACAACGGAGGCUAGCUACAGAGGUAUGUGAUACCAUCCUGAUUCAUUCCAAGGAGCGGUUCUCCUUCACCCAGCACCUCAUCAGUGCAACAUUGCUGCAUGGAGAGUUGUUUCCACAACAUAGUGUGAAGUUUCCUGAAUCAGCACUUGAAACAACAGUGGAGGCAUACCCCAUGCUGAACAAGGCUAAGCUCAAAACAGAAAUGCCCCUCGAUGAGAACCCUGAGUUUAGGGUUGGCAGUGGUGCAGUGCCUCUGUACCAGUUUUUCAUUGAGAACAAUCUUCAAAGUACUUUCACAGAGACUGUCAGUCUUCUCAAGAUCAUAAUCACCACGCCUAUGACAACAGAGUCAGAGAGGUGCUUUUCUACUUUGAAGAGGAUCAAAACUUUCCUAAGAAAUACAAUGACCCAGGAUCGCCUUGAUGCUCUGGCAAUGCUUUCUAUUGAGAAGAAACUUGUCAGAGACAUUCCUGACUUCAAUAAGAAAGUCAUUGAGAAGUCUGUCAAUCAGAAGGAGAGAAGAGCAAAAUUCCUGUACAAAUAAGUAAAAAAAAACAAAAAAAACAUGCAGGUUUUUUUCACCACAUUGCUUUUCUUGUACAUGGUUAUCCUCAGAUUUGUAUCAGUCAUGGAAGUAUCCAAAAUUUAACUGGUAAAAUAACUGAUCAGAGAUGAUUUAAUGAAUAAACAGUUAACCAGAUGUUCUUUAAGUUUGUCUGCACUGCAAUAAAUCAUAUUUCUUUGAUUUAUUGUGAAGAAUUGUUUGUGAAAUUGU